CUGAUUUCUGGUUGUGUUUCAAUCUUAUUUUCAGCCUGUAGAGCACGGUACCCUUCUCUUAGCUCUGGCUGCAUCCAUAGUGUGGGUGGCUGCUGCUAAUUUCCCUGCAACAGGGGUGGUUUUCUGUCCCCACUACCUGGAUGUAGGCUGGGGGGCAGGGGACUAUCCCAAUGGGGAUGCUGAACUCAUAGAAAGAGCUUAAUUUAAAAUCUGAAGUGACUAGAACAGAGCUACGGAGAGAUAAUAUGGAGAGCCUGGGAUUGUUGGGGCUGUGAAGAUGAAAGUCUUUAUUAGAUGAGUGACCACAGAGAGAGACAUUGGGUMGAAAUCAAAAUAGAUUUUUACAGUCAAGGAUGCGGGCUCUGCGGGCAGGACCCCACCGUGAUGUGGGGCCAGAGUCAGGAAUGCUGCCCAGGGAUGCUCCUUGUGUCACUGAUGUCCCUGCUUCUCUGGGUGGGAGCUCUCUGGGAUGGCUCAUGCUGAGAUAAUGUACAUAAAUCAAGCCAAAACAACUCUUGCUAAUGCAGAGAAAGAUGUGCUACCAAUGUCUCUCUGUGUGUGCCUGCUCCAGGCUGCUYGAGCAGCUGCAGUGCCGGGCAAAACAGAGAAAGCAAAGCAGCUGGAGCUGUGAGGGGCUAUGGGAGGACGGUGUGCCAUGUCAGGGCUGUUCCUCAGGGUGGAAGGCGUGGAAGAGCUGUAUCCAGCUGGUCUCCAAACAGCAGCAGACACUGCCAGCCCACAUCCCCAGUGGCCAAGCCCUUUGCUGCAAGCAUGGACAUCGUGGAGAGGGUCUUCUCCGUGGCCCAGGCCAUUCACGCCCAGUUUGAGCAGGUGAAGUGCUGUAAGCACCAGUGCCAACGCCUCGUGGAACGCAUCCAGAUCCUGCUGGAGCCUGUCAGGAUCCUCAGGGCUCAGCCAAAACAGCACAUCUCCCAGCACGAAGAGGAACUGCUGAAAAAACUGCUCCAGACACUGGGGGAAGCCCAGAAACUGGUGAUGAAAUACAGCCAGGCCAGCUGGAUCCAGAAGUUCCUGCGAGCCCGAAAUGCUGGUGAGGAAUUUGUCUGGGUGAAUGAAAGCCUGGAGGACAUUGCCCAGGGGCUCUCRCUCCUGCUGCAGGCAGAGCAGAAGCAGGCUUUCCUGGAAGCUUUCCAGACAAAGAUAUGUCGCAGGCAGGAUGCUGAGGACCUGAGGGAUGACAGAGCUUUCUUGGAGCAGGUGAUUGCAAGUACCGAGGAGCCYGAAGAUGUGGCUGGGGAGAUCUACAUCGACAGGCAGUGUAUGGAGAGCAAGGUAGACUGGAUGCAAAGUGAGCUGAGCAAAGUCAUUCGUGAGAUGGAGCGCUUGAAGAAGGUCAACGUUGGUAAAAGAGAAGACAUCACUGAGAUCAAGCGGGACCACCUCACUUUCCACAGGCACCUGCAGGACACYGAGAGCUAUGACCUUUAUGAGGGCGAGUACCUCAAGUAUCCUGUUGCCAUCAAAACCUUCAAGAGGCCACUGACCACAGAUAUAGUCAAGGUGAGAGACAUCUUUGAGAAGGAGAUUCAGACCUUGAAGAAGUUUGAAUCUCCAAACAUCCUGCGCAUGUACGGGAUCUGCAUUGAGGAGAAYGACGGGAGCCCCUGCUUCUCCAUUGUCAUGGAGUACUGCAAGCAUGGGACACUGCGGGAUGUGCUGAACAAGCAACGGCAUCUCUCCUGGGACAUCCGCAUUCGGAUGGCCCUGGGAGCUGCCAGAGGCCUCUACAGGUUGCACCAGACCGGGGAGAAGUCCCGACUCCAUGGCUGCAUCUGCAGUAGCAAGUUCCUGGUGGCUGGGGAUUACUGUGUGAAGCUGUCAGGAUUUGAGCUGUGUGAAACAGAAUCAUCMAUCAAGAGGAAAGCCAAGAAGACCUGGAAGCAAGUCUCUAUGUUGGCUUACAUCGCUCCAGAGAUCCUGAAAGACAUCAACUACCCUUACAAGAGGGCCUGUGAAAUAUACAGCUUCGGGAUCGUUCUGGCAGAGAUUGCAACCUCCAAAGUCCCAUUUGAAGGCUGCACUCCUGAGGAGAUUGUGGAGAAAAUCUGCAACCACCAUUACUGGGACCCUCUUGAAGAAGAUUGUCCUGAAGACCUGAGGAAAGUCAUUGAACAGUGCCGGGCCUUUGACCCUUCCCAACGCCCUUCUGCCGAGGAGAUUGUGGACUCGCUGGCUGACCUGGAGAAAAGCAGAAACCAAGGAAGUUAACAGUGGAAAACGGGGCUGGGUGACCAGGAGCAGCAAGCCCAGUGUGCCACUUGCCCCAUUUACCCUCACAGAGACUGAUGGUUCAAUACAUGUGUGUUUGUUUUUGUUUUUGACAACUUCCCCUCGCCAAGGGGCUGUGCCUGGAAUCGCCUUGGAGGCAGCUGGGGGUGAUGGGACUUGAGGGGAGGCCGGCAGGAAACCUUGGGAGGAUCAGAGGGAUGGAACACAGCUUCUUUCGUGAGGAAAGGCUGAGGGUGUUGAACCUGUUCGGCCUUGAGAAGAGACGACUGAGCGGGGACCCCAUCAGCAUUUGAAGAGAUGGACUAAGGAUGGAUGGAGCUCUGCCCGGCAAUAAGGACAAGAGGAAACGGCAGAAAAUAUACACAGGAAAUUCCACUUUAGUAUGAGGAAAAACUUUACUGUGCACGUCAUCGUGCAUUGGGACAUUACCCAGAGAGGACGUGGAGUCUCCCUCACUGGAGAUAUUCCAGAAGUAUCUGGAUGUAAUCCUGUGACAGUGCUCUAGGACAAUCCUGCUUGAGCAGGGAGUGGGGACCAGUUGACCCACUGUGGCCCCUUCCAACCUGACGCAUUCUGUGAUUCUCCUCAGYCCCUCCCUUGCCCUUGGGGCGCUGGGGCCCGGCUCCCCUGGAGCCCCUCCGGCUCGCCUUGGACUCCCCCCCGGUUCCCCCCCCCAAAUCCUUUCCGGUUCCCCGCUGAUUCCCCUCAGCUCCCCUGGGGGUUUCCCUUGGUUUUCCCGGGGCUCCCCCAGCUUCCCCCGGUUCUGCUAGGUUCCUCGCGGAGUUCCGCAGUUUCCCCGUU